AUGGUCGACGCCAUGUCCCUGACACAACCUAAUGAAGGGGAGCUUAUAAAGGCCCUGCGAACUCCUCAUAAUAGAAAAAUCACUGCUUUGCAUGUAGCAGCUGUCAUGGGCAAUGCCAGAAUGUGUCGCAUCAUUGCUUGGGUGGAGCCUACCUUAGUGGAUGAUCGUAACGCUGACGGCGAGACGCCUCUCUUCUUGGCCGCCCUCCAUGGCAGGAAACAAGCUUUUCUUUCACUUCAUUACAUCCGAAACCCUCCUGCCGCUAAUCCCUACUAUGUUAACUGUAGAAGGAACAAUGGAGACACUAUCCUUCACUGCGCAAUCAAUGGUGACCACUUUGGUUUACCUGUUGAGAAGCUUAAGGCAGAACAUUAUCUUGUAAGAGAACCCGAUUACAGUGAUAUCCGUCCUCAUUGUUUUGCCCACUUCAAAACAUUGUGGAGCGUUUGUGGGCUGAAAAAAAAGCGGGCACAGUUGAAGAUAUAUCGAAAAAAGGAGACCCAUACAUGGUGUGUUCAAGUAUUCGAACGUCUUCUUCAUUUUGCUUCCUUGUAUGACGACAAGAAUGACGGGGAGAACCCUAAUGAAGUUUAUAUGACCCCUGCCACGUCAUUGGAAUUUCCAGAAAGAUCCGUCCGGGACGUCGACGAACCGCGACGUCCUAAAAAGAGGAGAAAGGAGACUCUUUUGUUAAUGGCUGCAAAGGAUGGAGUGCUGGAAAUGAUAGAGAAAAUUUUGGAGUUGAAUCCAGGUGCUAUUCACUUUCAGAGUAGAACGUUUAGUAUUGUGGCUAACAUUCACGAGGUGAAUGAAGAUAAGAAGAACAUAGUGUUAUUAGCAGCAGAACACAGGCAACCUCACGUGUAUGAGUUCUUGCUGAAGGAGAAUGUUUAUAAAGAAAGCCUAUUCCGUCAGGUGGAUAAGGAUGGAAACACUGCAUUGCACUUGGUGGCCACACUUGGUGACUACAUGCCCUGGCUCAUUACUGGGGAAGCUCUUCAAAUGCAGUGGGAACUCAAGUGGUACGAGUUUGUCAAAUAUUCAAUGCCAGCUGGUUUUAUAUGUCCAUACAACAAUAACCACAAAACCGUAAAAGAAAUCUUCACCGAUACUCACAAAGGCCUCGUCAAAAGCGGUGGCGAGUGGUUAAGAAAAACCUUAGAAUCCUGCUCAGUUGUGGCAGCACUAAUUGCUACAGUGGCCUUCGCCACGGCAACCACCGUUCCCGUUGGCGUCGAUCAAGAGUCCGGCUAUCCGACUCUGGAAACUGAGAUAGUGUUCAAAGUGUUUGCCGCUUCAUCACUCAUAGCCCUGUGCUGCUCCGUCAUGGCUGUGUUGACAUUCCUAUCAUUACUUACUUCUCGAUUUCAAGAGCAAGAUUUUCAUAAAGACCUGCCCAUGAAGUUACUCCUAGGUUUAACAUUGCUGCUCAUGUCGAUUGCUUCCAUGAUGGUGUCAUUCUGUGCUGGACAUUUCUUCGUGCUCAAACAUCAACUUCACCAUGCUGCGUUUGCUUUAUAUGCCGCAACUUGCAUCUCUGUCAUCUUUUAUGUGUUGGCGCAGUUUCCGCUCUACUUUGAUUAUUAA